AUGGAGUUAAAGCAAUCUUUAUCCACCCAUCUGGAAGCUGAGAAACCUUUGAGGCGCUAUGGGGCGGUGGAGGAGACGGCGUGGAGAGCGGAGGGCAUCGGGAGAUGUCAGCUGGACGUCAUCUCUAUGGCAGAGACCAGCAUGAUGCCGGAGGAGAUCGAGCUGGAGAUGGCGAAGAUCCAGCGUCUCCGGGAGGUUUUAGUCCGCCGGGAGUCAGAGCUCAGGUUCAUGAUGGAUGACAUCCAGUUGUGCAAAGACAUCAUGGACUUGAAACAGGAGCUGCAGAACUUGGUCGCUAUCCCAGAAAAAGAAAAGACCAAGCUACAGAAGCAGAGAGAGGAUGAGCUUAUUCAGAAGAUCCAUAAACUGGUCCAGAAGAGAGAUUUCUUGGUGGAUGACGCAGAGGUAGAACGGUUAAGGGAGCAAGAAGAAGACAAAGAAAUGGCAGAUUUCCUGAGAAUCAAGUUAAAACCUCUAGACAAAGUAACCAAAUCUCCAGCCAGCUCCCGGGCAGAGAAGAAAGCAGAGCCCCCACCUAGCAAACCCACCGUGGCCAAGACAGGGUUGGCACUCAUCAAGGACUGCUGUGGGACCACCCAGUGUAAUAUCAUGUAA